GCCAACUGAUAGAAUAUGGAUUUAUUUAUUUUUUAGAAGGCUGGUAAUCGAAGAACAGGUAGUAAGUUAUACAUUUGAAUUUUUAUAUCUUCAGCUCCAGAUUUGUUUGGAUUAAACUCUCGACUGGAUAAGCAGCUUAACCUUUUUUAGACCUACGUAAUUUGACUUGAAAAUGCCAGGCUAUAGGCUAUUUGUGACUUUGUUUCAUUUUUUGGUUGCCAUAAUCUGAUUGGCUGGCAUAAGGGGCCCUGCUUCUCAGCGUCCGUCUAAGAACACUCAGGAAUAUUUAUUGAGAUUGAACACCGAGGAAAAUUGUGUGGCGUGGCUCAUGGAAUAUGAACCGAGUCAGAAAAAAUACAGCAUGUCGUUCAUGUCAGAGAAACGGCCGCAUAACAUGCAGAAGGACUCGACACGGAGAUCUCUGCUUAAAGACUGGACCAGGGGAAUGUGCCGAGAUGCUAAAGAGGGCCAGAGCAGCCUUCCAGUCUGGUCGAACAGCGAAUGAGUGCUUCCGACUGGCCCAGCUCGACGCCGUGAUGCGCUUGGUCUUUGAGCAUGAGUGUGACUUUGUUGAUGCACUAGCGAGGGACCUGCACAAGCCUCGCUUUGAGACAGUGGUAUCAGAGUUAAUUCUGGUGAAGAAUGAAGCUGUCUAUGCCAUCAACAACCUUCGUAAAUGGAUGGAGCCACAACGUGUCGAGAGAAACCUGUCCACAGCUCUGGAUGAAUGCAUGGUGGUGAGCGAGCCUCUGGGCACAGUAUUGGUCCUUGGGUCAUGGGCAAACCCUGUUCAGCUCUGCCUCGUGCCCCUGAUUGGAGCCAUGGCUGCAGGGAAUUGUGUGGUCAUCAGCCCCUCUGAACACUGUGCUCACACAGCAGAGCUCCUUCACCGACUUCUACCCUCUUACCUGGAUAAUGAGUGCUAUCAUAUUGUCCUUGCAGGGACAAAUGACAUCUCUGAGAUGGUGGAACUGAAGUUUGACCACGUCUUCUUUUCUGGCACUCGUGAGGAAGGCACCAAGGUGUCCCUGGCCGCAGCCCGCAGUCUCACGCCGGUCACUCUCGUACUGAGUGGCAAGAACCCGUGCUACGUGGACCAGACGUGUGACAUAAACACCACGGCACGCCGGAUCGCCUGGGCCCGGUUCCACAAUGGCGGACAGAGCGUGGCCUCGCCGGACUACGUGCUGUGUCACGCCGACGUGAAGGAGCGGCUACUGCAGGCUCUGCGCUGUGCCCUGCUCAUCUUCUAUGGCUCGGACCCGCGCGAGUCUCGCAGCUACGGCCGUCUGGUGAACAUGGAGAACUUCAGCCGCGUCAGAGACCUGCUCUGGAGGUCAGGGAAGGUGGUGAUGGGGGGUCAAGUGAACGAAGCGGAGAAGUAUGUUGCACCAACACUGUUGUCAGAUGUGUCUGAAACAGAUCCAGUCAUGCAUCAGGAGUAUUUCGGCCCGAUCCUUCCUGUCCUGACAGUAGAAAGUGUCGAUGAGGCCAUCUCCUUCAUCAACAAGAGAGACAAGCCUUUAUGUGUUUAUGCAUAUUCCAGCAACAACAAGGUGAUUUCCAGACUGAUGAACGAGACCUCUAGUGGAAGCUUCUGCUCAAAUGACAGUGUCCUGCAGAGUCUCAUGCCCUGCCUACCCUUUGGAGGAGUGGGUCAGAGUGGGAUGGGCUCAUUCCAUGGACGCUACAGCUUCGACAUAUUCUCUCACAAGAAGUCCUGCCUUUUGCGGGGCACUCGGAUCGAGUGUCUGACCUACCUGCGCUACCCGCCUUACGAUGACCGCAACCUGUCCCUCAUGACAUGGGCCAGCAGCCUGACGCAGAAGAGCCAAGGCUGGUGUCAAAUUCUAUGAAGGCUUUGAUGAAAGAGUUAGUACGGCCUUCAUGAUGAAUAUGUUUAGUGCUGUGUCUGUGCUAGUGUUCCUACCAGCUUUAUGGCAACUACAGGAACUGAAUGUAAGGAAUUCUGUUGCAGGUCUGCUGGAAAAGAACCUCAGACUCAGUCUAGAAAAUGGUGAUUGACAUGCAACCCAGGCACUGUCUGUGAUGCAUAAAAGAUGUAUUUAAUUCAUUGAACAGAAGGUAUUAAUUAAUCCGAGUAAAGGCAAAUAAUUUAAUCUAUAUGACAACGAUUUUGUAAUCUUGGCCACAACAGUUCAUCAGGGAGGCAUUAGGGAGAUAUUUUGCAAAUGUGUGUAUUUUUCUCCCCCCCCGUGCCUUCUUUUUCACAUUUGCACUGUGGACCUCAUUGAAAUUCAGUUAGCUCUUGAACAUGGAUUCACUGUUGUUAAAUAAUAAUUUAUAUUGAUACAUAUAACAUUAUUGUCUGCUAGAGUUUCAGUGUGUUUCAUCAAUUCCAUGACUUUAAAUUUAAAUAUCUAUUUUCACGAAGAACAAAAAAAGUGAUUCAUCAUGAUUAAUCACAGCAAACUGCAUCAUUAAUGAGUUCAAUUAAAAAAAGAAUAUGCAUAUGUACAGAACUCUAUAAAUAACAUCAAAAAAGGAGAUGGAGUGUGAAUAUUAUCUGACCGGAAAUCUAAGGAAUCUGAGUGUUAGGUCCAGGGGAAGGGUGGGUACCGAUAAACUGAAGAAUGCCAGAGCCCUCUACUGUACAUUUAUAGCAAUAAGAGGUGCUUUUACCUUUCUUUAAAAAAAACUAAAAAAAAAACUCUU